AUGAUUGCCAAAUUUGGAACAAAAUUGAAAAUCAAGCCCAACACCAAAUACUUUUCGCUGUCUUUGAUUGAUUUUUUUAUAUUUGCAAAAGCAGCACUUUCGUGUGAUAUGGAGGGUGUGAGGGAUUUAUUUGCUCCGUUCGGGUAUGAAAUGAAUGAAACCAUAUUCGAUCCUGCCUAUUUUAGAGCCAUCUAUUAUUUAGAUUUUGAUGAAAUUACAUGGAGAGAUGAAAGUGAUUGUAGUGAGGCAGAAGAGAUUGAACAACAGUUGAACAGUAAUUCAAGUUCAUCAACAAUACCCAAUCUUAACAACAACCAAACAAUAGACACUGAAAUUACACCUAACAUUAACUCAAUGAGCACUAAUGAUGAAAGCCAUAAUCACACGAAUCGGAGUUCAAUAGAUGCAACGAUGGGACAAAACAAUGAUGAUAAUUUACCUUUACUUUCUGAAAAAGAUGAUGAUGAAGAUAAUGCAUACAUGAGCGAUAUUGAAAGUGAAGAGGAAACUCAAAACCUACUGAAAUCUCAAGCUCAAUUUUCAGAAUUUCUUUUAAAGCCAUCCGAACAGCAACGUCGCCCAGAAUCGAACAUGUCUUUAUUUCCAAACUCUGCCAUAAUUUUUGAAACUAUUGAGCGUUUUUGGAAUUGUCCACAUGAAAAAACUUCAGAUUAUCUUAACUUGUCUCUUCAAAUGCUUGAGAAUAAUACGCGGAAGGUUAUAAAAUCAAAGAAUUUGCAAAUGUAUGAAAGGCUUUGUCUUCAAGUCUUCAUACUCAACUCAAUUUUGCAAUUACGGGCAGAGUGUCAUCUCCGAGAAUAUGAUUUGACAACUACAGAGCAUGAGACUCUAAAGAAAAUUGCACUAGCCAAUGCAAGUGGUAGUACAACAUGUAACAAAUUAUAUCUAUCAUCCAUAUUCAAGGUCUUCUUCAAUGACGAUCUGCCAAAUACUUUAUUCAAGCCAAGUACAAGAAAUAACAACAAUAGUGAGGAUGUGCAAGAUGGGAAUGUCGACCAAUUGGCAUGGAAAUGGCUCCUCUCUGAAUUCACAAUCUCAAAGAAAUCUCAAGAACACAUCGAUUCUGAAUGA